CGCUGUGAAGCCAGUUAAAUUCAUUCGGCAUGGGUACGAUGGAAGACACCGUGGCAAAAUUUAUGAGUAUUGGACUCAGUGAAGUAAAAGCAAAAGAGACGUUGAAAAAUGAAAGCUUAUCGAAAACGUUAUCGGAAACAAUUGCCGAGGCAGAAAAGUAUAUUGAGAAGAAUAUACCGAAGCCAAUGGGUAACUUGCUUUAUCACACUGCCAGCAAAGUGAAAACCCAAAUCAAACAUCGAAUACCAUUGUUGGUUGAGUACAUCACCACUGGCAAACUAGAUUCAGAGCUGAAACUCUCAGCUGCUUUGGAUUACUUGUUGUCUCAUCCAGCUGACCCUCUUGAUGUAGAAAAAUUUGAGGUAACAUCAGGUGUGGGGGUGGUAAUAACACCAGAGGAGAUAGAAAAGGUGGUGGAAGAAGUGAUUGCUAAGAAUAGAGAAGAAUUGUUACAAAAACGUUAUCAGUUUAAUAUGGGAAAAAUGAUUGGAGAUGCAAGAGAGAAACUAAAAUUUGCAGAUGGAAAGUCAGUGAAGAAUGAAGUGGAUGUGCAGGUAUUGGAUUUGUUGGGCCCCAAAACAGCAGAAGACAAGGAGAAACCAAAAGCAAAGGCCAAUAAAGGUAAAGAACAGGAAAAACCAAAAGAAAUAUCCCCUAUGAUAAAUGGAGAGACUGAAAGUAGAGAUGAGUUGAUACAACCUUUUGGUGCUAAAACAAUAACAGAACUCAUGAAAACCAAAGUGAACUUUCAUAAGCCUGGAGAAAACUAUAAAAGUGAUGGCUAUGUUAUCACUACAAAUACUAUGAAUCUUUUAAAGGAACACAUGCAGAUCACAGGAGGCCAGGUCAGAACCCGAUUUCCUCCUGAACCUAAUGGCAUUCUUCACAUAGGUCAUGCUAAGGCCAUUAACAUUAACUUUGGGUAUGCCCAAGCUCAUAAUGGUGUUUGCUUUCUUCGAUAUGAUGAUACAAAUCCAGAGAAAGAAGAAGAACGUUUUUUCAGAGGAAUACAAGAUGCUGUGGAGUGGCUAGGUUACAAACCUUACAAGAUCACCCACUCUUCAGAUUAUUUUCAAGAACUUUACAUAUUUGCUAAGGAACUAAUAAGAAAAGACAUGGCUUAUGUAUGCCAUCAGAAACAUGAAGAAUUGAAAGGUUUUAACCCACCUCCUUCACCCUGGAGAAACAGACCAGUAGAAGAAAGUUUACAGCUGUUUGAGGACAUGAGGAAAGGAAAGUUGGCUGAAGGAGAAGCCACCCUUCGAAUGAAGGUGACUCUUGAAGAAGGAAAGCAGGACCCUGUAGCAUAUAGAAUUAAAUUUGUUGCCCACCAUCGAACAGGAAAAACUUGGUGUAUCUACCCAACAUAUGAUUUUACUCACUGUCUGUGUGAUUCUUUAGAGCACAUUACCCACUCUUUGUGCACAAAGGAAUUCCAGUCCAGGAGGUCUUCCUACUACUGGCUUUGCAAUGCUCUGGACAUAUAUUGCCCUGUUCAGUGGGAAUAUGGUCGACUGAACAUGAAUUACACUGUUGUCUCCAAAAGAAAAAUUGCUAAGUUAAUAUCAGAAAGAAUUGUAAGAGACUGGGAUGACCCACGCCUUUUCACCCUUACAGCACUAAGAAGACGAGGAUAUCCUGCCGAGGCUAUUAAUAACUUUUGUGCUCAGAUGGGGCUAACAGGAGCCCAGAUAUUUGUUGACCCACAGAUGUUGGAAGCUUGUGUUCGUGAUGUACUCAAUACCACAGCACCACGAACCAUGGCUGUCUUAGAACCACUGAAAGUGACAAUUUUAAACUUUCCUCAUACCAAAUGUGUUCAGAUUGAAGUUCCCAAUUUUCCAGCUGACCCAAGUAAGGGGACCCACAUGGUGACCUUUGGAAAGGUCAUCUACAUUGAAGAGUCAGAUUACAGAGAGAUCCCAGAGAAGGGUUACCGACGGCUAUCUCUGCAGCAGCCAGUAGGACUUCGUCAUACUGGAUAUGUAAUAAUUUUUCAAAAGGCCAUUAAAGAUUCUACAGGAAGAGUGAUUGAGAUAGAAGUGACUUGUCAGAAAGUUUCAGAUAUGGAGAAACCCAAGGCUUUCAUACACUGGGUUAGUGAACCACUGACAUGCGAGGUUCGGCUCUAUGAGCGUCUUUUCAACCAUAAAAAUCCGGAGGAUCCCAAUGAAGUUCCUGGUGGGUUUAUUUCAGACUGCAACAAGGAUUCCCUUAAGGUGAUCCCAGGUACUCUGAUAGAUACAUCUGUAAAGUCAGCAAAAAUAUAUGACAAGUUCCAAUUUGAAAGGCUUGGAUUCUUCAGCAUAGAUACAGAUUCAACACCCCAAAAGCUUGUAUUUAACCAAACAGUGACCCUGAAAGAGGAUGCUGGGAAGAACUGAUGAUAGAAUUCUUUAAAUUAUUAGUGUCUUAUAAUUUCUAAAAAUAUUAUUACAUAGCUGAAAGUUUUGAACAUGAAACACACAGUGAUUUAGUAGCAAUUUCUAAAAACUGGUGAAGGUAAUGUUACCAUUUCUUGUGCAACAGUUACCAGCUUUGUGUCAAGGGUAGCAAGAAUUUAUGUUAAGUAACGCAAAUUUUGUACUAAUAUAGCAUACAAUUACUCUAUCUUAGCAUCAUACACAGGCACAUAGUUUUCUAUGGUUCUCUACAGUAAAUUUUAACCAAAGUUCUCACAGAACAUAUAAACAGGAGGAAAUAAAAUUUCUUUUUAUCUUAGAAGUUUUUGUUGCGAUUUGUAUGAUGUAAUGAAGUUAACUUAUGAAUAUUCCUAACAGACGUUUUUGUAUUUAAGACACCUACCUGAGGUUUUCAUAUGUGAAUUAGAGUAUUAACAGGUAAAGUUUUAGUUAUGAACCACUAUCAAGGACAUAUAGUAUAUGGUGACUGAAAUCUGCUAUGUGUUGAUACUAAUGCAUAAAAUUUAAAUCUAAUAUUUUUAACCUGUAUUUAAUAGCUUAAUCUUCCAGUGAUUUAUUUCUUGCUGAUUUAGAUUUCUACACUAUACCACAUUAAAUUGCAAAAAAAUGUUCAUAUUAUUUAACUAAAACAAUCAAUGUGUCAGUGUUCUUAAUUUUGGAGAUUUUAUUAAAAAUAAAGCUUUGAAUAUUAAACUAAGUCCAAGUCAGGAAUCAGUGUUUGACCAUCCAUUAGUAUGACAUUAUUUAUUAGAUUUUUCAAUUAAGAUAGUAUCGUGUAAAAAUCAUAACAUUUUUUGUUUAACUUGUGAAUUAGGUGUGGUUAAAGUUGCAGGUCAUAAGGUACAAGUUUCAGGCUGCAAUGUGCCAUUAAACAUACAUUGCACUUACAGCUGUCAAGACAUUAUAAUAGUGACAAUAUCCCACUAUUUGGUUAAUAAUAUCUCUAUAAAUGAUGAGGGUUGUUGGCUUUAUGCCUUCCCUCUGGCCAGCAAUUCUAAAUUAAAGAUUGCUAUUGUUAU